AUGGAACAACAAACACAGAAUGACCUGCCUUUCUUUAACUGGGAUGAUUUCUCGCCAUUACCGGGGUCCGUAACCUCUGAUAUAACCUCAUUGCUCUCAACCCGCUCCUAUCCCCUGCUCAAAUCAUCUAACUCACAGAAUGCUCAAAGUAAUACGUCAUCAUCGAGUCCUGGCGACUUCAUCCCUGAGUUCGCAUCUUACUUCAACCAGGCGAGCUCAAAGCAAGCACCCCUCUCUGAACCGACCACAACGCGACCACAAAAACGUCAGCGAAAUGGAUACAAGACGAUCGCGCAAGCGAAUGACCGCGGAGCGCGUCGAGAGUUGGGUGAUAGCAAGAUAAAUUCUGAAGAGCGUCGUCGCCUGCAACUUCGCGUAGCACAACGUGCAUAUCGUUCACGACAGCAAGCCACACUCGACGGCCUUAAGAACCACAUAUCGACCUUGGAGACAUCGAUUGAGAGAAUGAGUUCUGCUAUGCUAUCCUUUAGUGAGAAGCUGGUUCAAAGUGGGCUGCUUAGGUCAAACUCUGCUCUGACAGCAGAGUUACGUGACACCAUGACGGUAUUCCUUAAUGUAGCUUCCAAAGCAAACCUCGACGACGAGAAAAGUCUCUCAGUCGACUAUAAUAAGACAAUUGACUCUCCACCAGCCUCACACCAACCCACAAUCGAGCACCCAUCACCUAACAUCCCUCUCCACCUGCCCCUGGAUGUUACUGGAUUAUACACACCUACCAGUGCUAACCUGCCAUACACCGUCAACGAUUCACCGGGAACUUCGAUCAUAGGGAUAUCCGAGUUCAUGGAAAGGCUCCUUCUAGCAGCUUCUCACCAGGGAUACCUCGCUCUAUGCAAUCCCUCUAUCAGUUUGAAUCAACUCCAAAGGCCCUUUGGAUUCAUCUUUAGUAUGAUGAACCGCGAACGCCUAACAUCUUUUUUCAAAGCGGAGUUACAUGCUCAACUAAACCAGAAACCGCUGGACGGAUGGGAGGGAAUUCCCUUUUUCAGGUUGGGGGGUGCGGGAACCCAUUAUCCCGACCAGAGAAGCUCCGGUUCUUUUGUCCCUCGUCACCAUCGAUGGGACACCGUGGAGGACCCUUUAUCACUUGUCACGGCCAAUUUACGAACGCAACUAGAAGGAGAUUGGUUUGACUUACAGGACCUGGAGGGUUACAUUCGAGAGAAGAAUGUGCUCCUACUUACCUCAGCUGGAUUGGUCAGCAGAGGAGUAUGCUUGGGUCGGACACCUGGGUUCCAACGCGAUGAUGUGGAGGAGGCCCUGCGUUCUUCCAUAAUUUUGUGA